GCCCCGCUCCCAGAACGCUCCUGUCCCCUGCACUCCGAGCAGUCCCCGCCGCCGUGGGGCUGUUCUCCGGGCUGGCAUAGUGAUCUGGGCACUGCCCUCUGCCCUGGCACCAUGUGCCCCCCAAGCACUGGGAUGCCCCAAAUCCCAGACAUGGCACACAGCACCCCAACCCCACCCCGCAAGGUCUGGCUUUCCCCGAGGCCCUGAUACAGGCCUGGGAAGGUCUAGGGUGACCUGGCCUGUCUCCUUCCGCCAAGCAGGAUUCCCCGUCCCAGGCGGCCCUGACUUUCUGGAGGAAGCGCAGGGAGGAGGUCACAGAGCCCCAGGGCUGUGAGGACGGGGAGCUGCCAUGUGGUGACUGUCCAGGCUGCAGAGACAAACCGGCUCAUUCAUGGCUGCGGCAGAGCCCACUCGGGGAAGGGACUCUCAAGGAGCUGCAGAAGGAUGCUCUGUUCCCCUGCCGGACCCAGCGUCCUGGGUGGAAGGGGAGAAUGUGUGGGUGCUGGAGCUGCAGCCCUACGGCGAUCCCAGUGCAGGUGAUGAAGCGGUAAAGCUGGAGCCGCAGGGGCCAUUCCUGAGAAGCUCUGUGAAGGCUGUAAAGCAGGAGAUGCUGAAGCUAGGCAUAACAAGGAUGCCAGAGCCGGAGCGACCAUUCCUGAGAAGCUCUGUGAGGGCUUUAAAGCAGGAGAUGCCCGAGCCAUGCAUAGCAAGGAUGCCGGAGGGGCCGUUCCUGAGAAGUGCCGUGAGGGCUUUAAAGCAGGAGAUGCCGGAGCCAGGCAUAGCAGGGAUGCUGGAGCCAGAGGGGCCGUUCCUGAGAAGCUCUGUGAGGACUUUAAAGCAGGAGAUGCCGGAGCCAGGUGUAGCAGGGAUGCUGGAGCCAGAGGGGCCGUUCCUGAAAAGAACUGGAAAGAACAUUCCCUGGAUCCCGGAGCAGGGCAGAGCUGGUGGGAACCAGCACCGGGCAGAGAGGAGGAACCCUCCACGGAGGAGGCAGGGUAAGAACAGCCGCUAUGACCCGCUGCCGGGGAGGCAAGGAGGCAGCCCCCUGCGGGACAUCACUGUGCCCCAGAGUGCAGCUGCCGGGGGGCCACCCCACACGUGUGCCACCUGUGGAAAGAGUUUCAGCCGCCGCUCCAAGCUGAGCUCCCACCAGAGGAACCACACUGGAGACAAACCCCACAGUUGUGGGGACUGUGGGAAGGGCUUUCUGUGGCGCUCGGACCUGCUCCGGCAUCAGCUCAUGCACACGGGGGAGCGUCCCCACCACUGCUCUCAGUGUGGCCGUGGCUUCAGCCGGGCCUCGCGGCUUCUGCAGCAUCAGAGAGCCCACAUGGAAGCCAGCCCCGGAACGGAGGGUAGCCCGGUGCCGAGUCUGUUGCAGGGAGUACACGAGGAGCCUGGCAAUGGAGUGGGGCAGAGCCCGGGGCUGAGCGUGGGCCAGAGAGUCCAUGCGGAACCUGGCCACGAAGUGGGACGGAGCCCAGGGCUGAAUGUGGGGCUGGGAGUCCACUUGGAUCCCCGCCAUGGGGUGGGGCAGAGCCCGGGGCUGAGUGAGGGCGAGGGAGUCCACAUGGAGCCUAGCCACGGAGCGGGGCGGAGCCUGGGGCUGAAUGGAGGCCAAGGAGUCCGCCCGGAGCCUGGCUGUGGAGUGGGACGGAGCCCAGAGCUGAAUGAGGGCCAGGGAGUCCACGUGGAGCCUGGCCACAGGGUGGGGCAGAGCCUGGGGCUGAAUGAGGGGCUGGGAGUCCACACAGAGCCGGACCACAGAGUGGAGCAGAGCCUGGGACUGAGUGAGGGGCAGGGAGUCCACGCGGAGCCUGGCCACGGAGUGGGGCGGAGCCUGGGGUUGAAUGAGGGCCAGGGAGUCCAUGCGGCGCCUGGCCACAGAGUGGGGCGGAGCCUGGUGCUCAGUGAGGGGCAGGGAGUCCAUGCGGAGCCUGGCCACGGAGUAGGGCGGAGCUUGGGGCUCAGUGAUGGGCAGGGAGUCCACGCGGAGCCUGGCAAUGGAGCAGAGAGGACCUGGGCUCUGAGUAUGUUGCAGAGAAGCCACGUGGAGCCUGCCUAUGGAGGGGAGGGCAAUGUGGCACAGAGCCCAACCUUGUUUGCACUGCAAGGAGUCCAUGGAGAGCCCUGUCGUGGAGCGAGGUGGAGCCCGGUGCUCACUACACUGCAGGGCAUUCACGCAGAGCCUGGCCUUGGGGUGGGGCGGAGCCUGGGGCUGCAUGAGGGGCUGGGAGUCCAUGCAGAGCCUGGCCAUGGAGUGGGGCGGAGCCGGGGGCUGAGUCAGGGGCUGGGAGUCCAUGCGGAGCCUGGCUAUGGAGUAGGGCAGAGCCUGGGGCGGAGUGAGGAGCAGGGAGUCCACGUGGAGCCUGGCCAUGGAGUGGGGCACAGCCCGGGACUGAGUGAGGGGCAGGGAGUCCAUGUGGAGCCCAGCAAUGGAGCAGAGAGGACCUGGGCUCUGACUAUGCUGCAGGGAGUCCAUGCAGAGCCCUGCCACGGGGCGGGGUGGAGCCCAGUGCUGACUACGCUGCAGAGAAGCCAUGUGGAGCCUGCCCACGGAGGGGAGGGCAAUGUGGCACAGAGCCCAACCUUGUUUGCACUUCAGGGAGUCCAUGGAGAGCCCUGCCAUGGAGCGGCGUGGAGCCCGGUGCUCACUACACUGCAGGGCAUCCACACAGAGCCAGGCCACGGAGUGGGGUGGAGCCCAGUACUCACUACACUGCAGGGUGUCCACGCAGAGCCAGGCCAUGGAGCAAGGUGGAGCCCUAUGCUAACUACACUGCAGGGCGUCCAUGUGGAGCCCUGCCAUGGAGCAGGGUGGAGCCCGGUGCUCACUACACUGCAGGGUGUUCACGCAGAGCCAGGCCAUGGACCAGGGUGGACCCCAAUGCUCACUACACUGCAGGGCAUCCACGCAGAGCCAGGCCAUGGAGCAGGGUGGAGCCCCGUGCUCACUACGCUGCAGGGAGUCCACGGGGAGCCCUGCCAUGGACAAGAAUGGAGCCCAGCCCUGAGUGCAUUGCAGGGCAUCCACGGGGAGCCCAGCCACACCUCAGAAGGGAACCCGGCGCUGAUUGCCUUGCAGAGGGUCCAUGCGGAGCCCUGGCAUGGCACAGAGGGUAACGUGGCACAAUGCCCAACCGUGUUUGCACUGCAGAGAAUUCAUGCAGAGCCCUGCUAUGGCACUGAGGGACCCACGGCCCAGAGCCUGGAGCUGAUUGUGCUGCAGAGAGUCCAUGGGGAGCCCUGCCAUGGAGCAGAGGGGAGCUCAGCCCUGAUUACCCUGCAGGGACUUCACGAGGAGCCCUGCCACGGCACCGAGCAGAACCCAGCACUGCAUGCAGUGCAGACAGUCCACGGGGAGCCCUGCCACGGCACUGAGCAGAACCCGGCACUGCAUGCAGUGAAGACAGUCCACGGGGAGCCCUGCCACGGCACCGAGCAGAGCCCGGCACUGAGUGCAGUGCAGACAGUCCACGGGGAGCCCUGCCACGGCACCGAGCAGAGCCCGGCACUGAGUGCAGUGCAGACAGUCCACGGGGAGCCCUGCCACGGCACCGAGCAGAGCCCGGCACUGUGUGCAGUGCAGACAGUCCACGGGGAGCCCUGCCACGGCACUGAGCAGAGCCCGGCACUGCGUGCAGUGCAGACAGUCCACGGGGAGUUCUGCCACGACACUGAGCAGAGCCUGGAACUGCGUGCAGUGCAGACAGUCCACGGGGAGCCCUGCCAUGGCACCGAGCAGAGCCCGGCUCUGCGUGCAGUGCAGACAGUCCAUGGGGAGCCCUGCCAUGGCACCGAGCAGAGCCUGGCACUGAGUGCAGUGCAGACAGUCCACGGGGAGCCCUGCCAUGGAGCAGAGAGUCCCAUGGCCCAUAGCCUGGCGCUGGCUUCGCUGCAGAGUAUCCAGGCCGGAGAGGCUCAAUGUGUCAUGGCUGAGCGAGGGGGAGGCCUGGCCGAGACCCCCCUAUCGCCCAUGGCCCUGGUGCAGGAGAAUCCCUUCCAAUGUCCCGAGUGCCGAAAGUGCUUCAGCCGCAGCUCGUACCUGGUGAAGCACCGCCGGAUCCACGGGGCGGGGAAGCCCCACCAGUGCCCCCAGUGUGGCAAGUGCUUCAGCCAACGCUCAUACCUCUGCAAGCACCGCCGGAUCCAUGCCGCAGCAGCCGGCAAACCCCACGAGUGUGCGCUGUGCGGCAAGCGCUUCAGCCUUCGGUCCUACCUCUGCAAACACCACCGCAUCCACACGAGAUAGAGCCAGUCCCUGGGCCUGGGAGCCACAGCAGCCCUGGAGCCAAGGGGACGCUGCCCUGUACCACAGAGCUGUGGUACAAGCAGCCCACAGAGCAUGCCAGCAGAGCCCAUGGCACAGGAGCGCUACCCGUGGAGCUGGCAGGCUCCUCUCUCUGGCAUGCAGUGGGAUAGGGAAUGCUGGGUGAGGCUGGGGGGGAACAGAGGGGAGAACUUUCUGUGCCAUGUUCUAUAGAGUUUUCUGUCAAUAAACGGUUUUGAAGAGGGGGAAAUGCUCCCUUGUAAAUGCGCAUCAUCUCUCUGCAGCUGUUCGGGGGCAGGGCAAAGGUCGUGGCCUUGGUGUGAGAGCAAAACAGCCCAUGUAUCGUGUGUGAGCAUCUCCGCUGGGGGGGAGGCCGGUGUGCUCACGCAGCCAUUCCUGCAGGGGGAAUGACUCUGUUGCGGUGCAGCCCAUAACCCCUGCUGGAAUGCAGCUGCUCACCCAAGGCUGGGAUACCCAUGGGGCCUCAGGCGCCCAGCACCUGCUCCGAUGGGAUCUAGUCCCCCUUUGGGAACCUCAGCUUCCAGCAGACCCUGCCACUCUGGUCUUGGGGCUAUACCUGGGCUGGGGCAGCGUGUGAAGUGGUGAGUGACUCUGCUCCUGCGGGAGGCCAAGGGGCCAGAACCAGGGUUGGGUUCCCCCCCAGCCACGGAAUGGCUGCUGCUGCCCCAGCCCUGGGAUUGCUAGGGUUCUGGGGCUGCGCAGCUGUAGGGUGGAAUUUGGGAGCUAAGGUGGUGAGGUGUUACUGGUUAAAACUUACCCAGAGCAGUGGUGGCCUAGAACCCAUCAGCAGGGUGGACCCGUCUGGGAAAGGGCCAUUUCCCUGGGAUCUGUUUGGGGGCCCUGGAGCUGGGAGCACAGAGCCAGUGGGGAAAUAGCCCCAAGGGUUAGGAUGAGGGGCAGUGACUGCCACCUGUGGGACUGGGUAGGCGGGAGAGGCUCCCUGUGGGAGGCAGGGAGGGGACCUGCCCAAGCAGAGAGGAAGUGGGGACAGAGACCAGAUUGGGGGAGCAGGGCGAUGGGCAUGCAUGUACAAACCCCUCCCCCCCCCAACUGAAGUCUGUGUGGGAGCCUGGGGCACCCUUAGCUAAGUAUUGAUGAAGAUACUGAAUAGCAUCGGGCCUAGAGACCCCCCCGGACCUGACCACAACUCCAUGACAAUUCAAUUCCUUUUUGUCUUCUGUUGGUUCUAGUCCUGUUAACAACGGCGAGGUAGGUUUGAGACAAAUUGGAUCAUUCAACUGCGCUUCAGCAACCCAACAGCGGCUCGCUCAGCCCGUUCCCUCAGGCUCCCGCUGUCACCCCAUUCCCCGGGCAUGUCCCGUCACCCCAUUCCCUCGGGCACCUGCUGUCACCCCAGGCACCGACUGUUACCCCAUUCCCUCAGGCACUCUUUGUCACCUUCCCUUGGGCACCUGUCACCCCAUUCCCUUGGGCACCCACUGUGACCCCUUCCCUCGGGCUCCUGCUGUCACUCCACUCCCUCAGGCACCCACUGUCCCCGCUUCCCUUAGGCACCUCCUGUCCCCCAUUCUCAUGAGCUCCUGCUGUCACCCCAUUUCCUUUAGCUCCUGCUGUCACUCCAUUCCCUUUGGUUCCCCCUGGCACCCCAUUCUCGUGAGCACCCGCUGUCACCCAAUUCCCUCGGGCGCCUCCUCUCACCCUAUUCCUGUGGGCACCCAUUGUCACCCCAUUCCCAUGGGCACCUCGUCACCCCAUUCUCGUG